AUGGCAGGGACAUUGGGAUCCUCUGUUAGAUGUGAGUGGUCACCAUGCUGGCCGGGCAGCCCAGGAGGUGUGGGAAUCCAGCCCCCGGGGGUCGGGGAGCAUUCCAGCCCCUUGCUGGUUUCCGUGGGUGUGGUCCAGUCCUCUGACUUUUGCCGGUUGGGUGGGCCCACAGGUACCUUUGCUGUUAUCAGCAUCCUGGUGGGUAACAUCUGUCUGCAGCUAGCCCCAGAGUCCAAAUUCCGGGUCUUCAACAAUGCCACCAACGAGACCUACGUGGAUACAGCAGCCAUGGAGGCUGAAAGGCUGCAUGUGUCAGCAACACUAGCCUGCUUGACUGCCGUCAUCCAGAUCAGCCUGGGCUUCGUGCAGUUCGGCUUCGUGGCCAUCUACCUCUCUGAGUCCUUCAUACGGGGCUUCAUGACAGCCGCCGGCCUGCAGAUCCUGAUCUCGGUGCUCAAGUACAUCUUCGGGCUGACCAUCCCCUCCUACGCUGGCCCAGGGUCCAUCGUCUUUACCUUCAUUGACAUUUGCAAAAACCUCCCCCACACCAACAUCGCCUCGCUCAUCUUCGCCCUCAUCAGCGGUGCUUUCCUGGUGCUGGUGAAGGAGCUCAAUGCCCGAUACAUGCACAGGAUCCGCUUCCCCAUUCCUACGGAGAUGAUUGUGGUGGUGGUGGCGACAGCUAUUUCCGGGGGCUGUAAGAUGCCCAAAAAGUAUCAGAUGCAGAUCGUGGGGGAGAUCCAGCAUGGGUUCCCCACUCCCGUGUUGCCUGUGGUUUCGCAGUGGAGGGACAUGAUUGGCACAGCCUUCUCCCUGGCCAUCGUGGGCUACGUCAUCAACCUGGCUAUGGGCCGGACGCUGGCCAGCAAGCACGGCUAUGACGUGGACUCUAACCAGGAGAUGCUCGCCCUGGGCUGCAGCAACUUCUUCGGCUCCUUCUUUAAAAUCCAUGUCAUCUGCUGUGCGCUCUCCGUCACUCUGGCAGUGGACGGAGCUGGAGGAAAAUCCCAGGUGGCAAGCCUGUGCGUGUCCCUAGUGGUGAUGGUCACCAUGCUGGUCCUGGGGUCCUACCUGUUCCCUCUCCCCAAGUCUGUGCUAGGAGCCCUGAUCGCUGUCAACCUCAAGAACUCCCUCAAACAACUCGCUGACCCCUACUACCUGUGGAGGAGGAGCAAGCUGGACUGUUGCAUCUGGGUGGUGAGCUUCCUCUCCUCCUUCUUCCUGAGCCUGCCGUAUGGGGUGGCAGUGGGCGUCGCCUUCUCCGUCCUGGUAGUGGUCUUCCAGACCCAGUUUCGGAAUGGCUGCUCUUUGGCCCAGGUCAUGGACACUGACAUUUAUGUGAAUCCCAAGACCUACAAUAGGGCCCAGGAAAUCGAGGGGAUUAAAAUCAUCACUUACUGCUCCCCUCUCUACUUUGCCAACUCAGAGAUCUUCAGGCAAAAGGUCGUUGCCAAGACAGGUGUGGACCCCCAGAAGGUACUGCUAGCCAAGCAGAAAUACCUCAAGAAACAGGAGAAGGGAAGAAUGAGGCCCACACAACAGCGGAAGUCUCUAUUUAUGAAAACCAAGACUGUCUCCCUGCAGGAGCUCCAGCAGGACUUUGAGAACACCUCCCCCACUGACCCCAACAACAAUCAGACUACUGCUAAUGGCGCCAGCGUGUCCUACAUCACCUUCAGCCAGGACAGCUCCCCAGCAGCCCCCUGUGAGCCACCAGGCCCUGCUGAGGUCCCCAGUGACCCUAGUGACAUGCUGGCCAGCGUCCCACCCUUUGUCACCUUCCACACCCUCAUCCUCGACAUGAGUGGGGUCAGCUUUGUGGACCUGAUGGGCAUCAAAGCCCUGGCCAAGCUGAGCUCCACCUACAGGAAGAUUGGUGUGAAGGUCUUCUUGGUGAACAUCCAUGCCCAGGUGUACAAUGACAUUAGCCACGGAGGUGUCUUUGAAGAUGGGUGUCUGGAGCGCGACCACGUCUUUCUCAGCAUACACGACGCGGUCCUCUUUGCCCAGGAAAAUGCCAGAGAAGUGGUCCCAGGACGGAACUUCCAAGGGGUUUCAGCGGACCCUGAGCUCUCCUUGUACGACUCGGAGGAGGACGGCCCCAGCUACUGGGACUUGGAGCAGCAGAUGUUUGGGAGCAUGUUUCACACAGAGACCCUGACAGCCCUGUGAGGGCCCAGCUGUUCCCACGCUGCCUCCAGAGCACCUGGCACUUGAGACUUCCGUGGAGGAUGAGGCUGGCUCCCAGGACUGGCGGCUGGAGGGUGCAGCUCCACCAGGACUUCAGCUCCUCCCUGCCCUCCUCCUCCUCCUGCCCCCCUCUCGUCCCCCUGGCAUCUCUAGAGUGACCCAACCUCAGCAGCAGAGAGCCACCUCCUCACCCUUCUGGGGACCCUCAGGGCCCCAGCCAGCAAUGCGCGAGCCUCCUGCGCCUGUGCCCUGCCUGUGGCAGCUGACCAGGACCUCCUGACCACAGACUUCAAGCACAGAGGGGAAAGGUCAACCAUGCUCACCUAGAGGGCAAGCUUCAAAAGUGUCCUUGGCCUGCACGGCCUGAUGUCAGAGAGUGUCAAGCUGCCGCAGGACACAGGAACAAACAUGCUUAGGCCUCCGCGGCUUGCCCCCUAUGUCCCUGGCAGCUCUGCGCCCCUGGGGCCGGGUGCUCUCGACAACUCAGGAAUCUCUGUCUGGGUGAUCAUGUGUCAUUCUUCCACAUCUCAAGGCUGCUGAGACCUCCACUGCUAGUUGGACUAGAGCCUGGGGAGUGGCCAGGACCCUCAAGGCCACCAGAGAUACCCCCUACUUCCCAGAGGCAGCCCACUACAGGAGCUGCUCUGGUUUCCUGAAACCGUAUCACUUCCCCAUGCCCUCGGGGGCCCCUCCCUUCCACUGGAGACUGGGUAGGGAACAAAAAGGAAAGGGGGGUGGCUGGCAGAAUUCUCUGGCCACGUAGCAACAGAGACCAGUUAUUCUGCAUAAAAGCUUUUGGGAAUCUGUCCUUGUCCUGGAGACCUAAAGGCAGAAGGCGUGCUAGUGCCAACCCAGAGCACACUGGGGGAACCUGAGCCCCGAGAGUCCUCGGGACCUCAGAAGUACCUCCCCCACUUGGGAAAUUUGCCCCAUCCUUCUUCAUCUGGCAAAAAGCCAAUGAUUUUGACUCUCCGUUAUCCGCAUGGGGCUGAAUCCUUCAGCCAGGCAGAGGGGGAAGCCUCCCCUAGGGCCAGCUGCGUCCCGCGGCUGGGAGCAGAACGCGCCGGAGGGCCGGUCCACAUGGAUCUUCCUCCACAGGGAUUCCUGAACGAACUCAGAGCCUAAGGCCAUCUUCUUCCAGGAAACAUGAGAAGAGGGGUUAAGCUUUCCAUGUAUAUAAGGAGGUAACUCGAGGAAACCCACUAUAGACUUGAAAAUGAAUAGGCUCCGUGUGCAAGUGUUUGGGAAAUGGCCGUGGAAGUGCACAGAAAACCUUUUCCUCUCCCUCUGCUGCUUCUCCCAAGCUUCUUCAGCCUAAUGACCCCUGCCCAACAGGUUGGGCUGGCCCAGCCUAGAAACACAUCCCAAUUUCCACCUUCAGCCUGACUUGCAUUAUGUGUGUGUUGAGUGAGCUGGUCAGCCAGCAAGUCUUGUUAGAGUUAAAGGAGUAGGUACUGGCAAAGAGCCAACAGAUUCUUGGCCUACAAGCAUUCCUUCUGUUAAUUCGUUAUGCCAUCUGGCUGCCGAUGGAACUCAAAACUUGGAAGGCAGAAGACAGUGUUGUAUGGGAUUCACUGUGUCCAGCACCCAAAGUGCCAAAUACCAGAAGGACAAGAACCUUAGCCAAUGACAGCUCCCCCUCCCCUACUCCACCUCCUUCAAAGUCCACCUCAGGUCCAGCAGGUGGGGGAGGGUCACAGAACCUCAGGACAGCCUGCAGCAGAGGUUCCCUUUGAACCAAGUAUCUAAGCCCUUGAGGUCUUGACGAAGCAGCCAUUAACUCCCAGGCCAGCUACAGCCUUAAAAGGGAUUGCUCUCUUACAGUGCCUGGAGUUGGGGCUCAAGGAGGGAUCCCAAAAUGUGUCCAAGUGUAUAAGUACUUGAACAGCCAACAGUGGAGGUAAAACUGGAAACACAUGCGCAGGGAGGGAGCCAUGGGAGAAAACUUCACAUCUGGAAUACUUUGGCAAGAGUACGAAUUCAUACAGACCACUCUCUGGACAGGACUUAGGCAGGAAAGGAAGACAAGGUAAUGGAAUAAUCCAGAAUUUCAACACUUUUGAAUGUUCUUAGAGAUACUGACCUGUGAUGAAGUGGUUCCUGGGAAGACCGGGAUUUCGAGAUAUUUGUGUAAUUUAUUUAAUUUAAAUGCCAUUCGCCUUUUGUUCAUUUUGGUAAUAAAGUGGUUUUGAAAUAUGAA